UCUUCUUAUAAGCUUCUCUAUAAGACUUCCAUUUGUGUAGGGAGUAAGUAAGGAAGAUAAAAUAUGGGAAGAGCCCCAUGUUGUUCUAAGGUUGGUUUGCGUACAGGUCCAUGGAGUCCUAAAGAAGAUAGUGUGUUAAUUAAUUAUAUUCGGAUUCAUGGUGAAGGCCAUUGGAGGAAUUUGCCUAAAGAAGCCGGGCUACUUCGAUGUGGGAAGAGUUGCAGGUUGAGAUGGGUGAAUUAUCUGCGACCGGAUAUCAAACGAGGGAACAUUUCAUCUGAUGAGGAAGACCUUAUCAUCAGGCUUCAUUCUCUUCUUGGCAAUCGUUGGUCUCUCAUUGCUAAAAGACUGCCGGGUCGAACUGACAAUGAGAUUAAAAACUACUGGAAUUCUCAUCUUAGAAGGAAAUUGGAAACAAGUAGAGAAAAAACUGAACGCCCAACACCAGCAAGAGUAGUAAAGAAGAGAAAUCAGUUCAACAAUGGAAAGAAACCUAAGAAGAAUGAUCAAAACACUUCAAACGCAGAGAUUUCAAAGAUCAAAGUAUAUCUCCCCAAGGCCGUCAGGGUUUCUCCAUACUCGAUGGCAAUUAAGAGCAUCAAGGCCAGUGGAUCAUCUUCAUCAUUAUGUGGCCAUGGAGAUGAAAACAUUGCAAGACCAAAUAAUACAGAAGUACCAUCAAAUAGCUUUGAAAAUGGAAGGAACAAUUACGGUAGGAAGGGGACAGCGGCAGCGGCUGGCAACGAAAAAUAUAGUAUUGAUGAUGAGAGCGAUAUUUCAUUCCUAGACUUUGUACCCAUUGAAGAUAACACGCUAGACAAAAUUAUAGAGGAGUAUCAGCGGCUUCUGGAAUUUGAGGAGAAUGUCCAAUCAGAUUCUCCUUUUUCUGUCUGAGUAAUUCCUGUUGACGAUCAAAGAUGAGGCAUAUUAAUUGUAAAUUUGAAAUGUCGUCGUACGUAUAUCAUAUCAAUUAAAAUAAAGUACAGCUGCUGUCACAUACCUACUUUCCACGUUUUCUGACUUUAUAGUAUGAU